GGGGUGGUCUUUUUGGGGCUCUCCAAACAAAAAUAUAGAAAAUACACCUAGGUCAAGACAUAGAUAAAUAGAUGGUAGGGAAUGGAAAUAGAAAGAAGAAAAAGAGGAACAUGAAAAGGGUCUCUGAAUCUAAUCCAUUUCUUCUCUUUCCAUUCUAAUCAAUCAUCUUCCGUAUGCUCAAAACCUCUUCUUCUCCCCUUCAAUCACAACCAACCAUCACCCAAAUUCAUUGAGAGUGUGAGAAUGGUUACAGGGUGGAGAAGAGCGUUCUGCACAUCCAUCCCCAAAGACAGAGAGGCCAAAGUAUUAACUGAGAAACAACAGCAUUGCGACACCAAUAACAGUCCCAAAAUCACUUCCAAGUUUGGAUUUUUCUCCAACCCAUCAACGCCCCGGUGCGAGUCACAGCCUGUAUCCGGGUCAUCCCUCCGGUGCCGAACCACUUGUUCAGUCCCAAACAGCCCAAAACUCCAAUGCAAUAACCCCAAAACACCAAGGUUGUUCCAUAACUCCAAUCCCUCUUCACCCAAGUCACCAUCAAGCUUCUCGCUUCUCAAAGCCACUCUGCGCUUAUCCAAAAGUCGAUGUGGAAUCUGUAUGCAGAGCGUGAAGAGUGGACAAGGAACCGCAAUUUUCACAGCGGAGUGCUCUCACACCUUCCACUUCCCUUGCAUAGCGACACACGCGAAGAAGCACCCAGUCCUCGUGUGCCCCGUGUGUAGCACAAGCUGGAAGGAACUUCCGGUGCUUUCCAUUCACAACGACAAUAACAGAGACAAGAGAAACUUCAAGGUCUACAACGACGACGAGCCUCUCAUGUCUCCAACUUCCCUUUCCCGCUUCAAUCCCAUUCCCGAAUCAGAAAACGAAGACGAAGACAACGCUGAGUUCCAAGGUUUCAACGUCAAUCCUGUUAACAAUUUACCAUCCUCGCCGAUAAUCAGGCGCAACCUAGAGUUGUCUUUGUUGCCGGAGGCUGCCAUUGUCGCCGCCAAUAAGAAUUACGAGACCUACGUCGUUGUUUUGAAGCUCAAGCCGCCGCAGUCUCUGACGUCGGCGCGUCGGGCUCCGAUUGACCUCGUCGCCGUGCUCAACGUCGGCGGAGCCAUGUCCGGCCACAAGCUUCGCUUGAUGAAGAACUCCAUGCGUCAAGUGAUAUCCUCCCUCGGCUCCACUGAUCGUCUCUCCAUCGUUGCGUUCUCCGCCGGAUCCAAGAGACUGCUUCCGCUACGCCGGAUGACCGGCGGCGGUCAGCGAUCGGCGCGUCGGAUCGUCGACGCGCUGGCCCCGAUUGACCAAUCCCGAGAAGGCGCUCCGGUCAGGAACGACGCUCUGAAAAAGGCCGCAAAGGUGCUCGAGGAUCGCCGCGUGAAGAACGCCGUCGCCAGCAUUAUAAUUCUAUCCGAUAUUCACGACUCACGCGCCGCCGCUUGCGUUCAGAAAGCCUCCCUGGUGUCCACCACGCGCCUCGCGCACCUCGAAGUCCCUGUCCACGCGGUGCGUUUUCCUAGCGAACACGCACUCCCGGACGACGACGCGCUUGCCAAAUGCGUGGGUGGUUUGUUAAGUGUCGUUGCUCAAGACGUUAGGAUUCAGUUAGGGGUUGUGUCACGGUCGCGCCCCGUGGAUAUCGCUGCUGUUUACUCGUUAGCGGGUCGACCCGCUGCGCUGGGAUCGGGUUCGAUCCGACUCGGCGAUCUUUACGCCGAGGAAGAACGGGAAUUGCUCGUGGAGCUGAAAGUGCCCGCCGCAUCCGCUGGGUCCCACCACGUUCUAACAGUACGUUCAUCCUAUCGGGACCCCCUUACUCGAGAGGUUUUGAAUCCCGUUGAGCAGGCAAUGCUCGUUCCUCGUCCCCACACCGUACGAUCCUCGUGUCCCAAAAUUGAACGCUUGAGAAACCUCCACGUCACCGCUCGAGCCGUAGCUGAGUCAAGCCGGCUAGUUGAACACAACGAUCUCUCUGGAGCUCAUCACUUGCUCUCGUCGGCUCGAGCCCUUCUCUUGCAGUCGGGCACGCCGGCUGAGGAUUAUUUGCGCUGGCUUGAAGCUGAGCUGGCUGAGCUUCAGCGGCGAAGGCAGCAACGGAUGCAGGGUCAACAAAGGCAGAGAAACAGCCGCGCCGAGGAGAAGUUGGAGCCUCUCACGCCUACUUCGGCUUGGCGAGCCGCUGAGAGGUUGGCUAAGGUUGCUAUAAUGAGGAAGUCUAUGAACAGAGUUAGCGAUUUGCAUGGGUUUGAGAAUGCCAGAUUUUAGUUGUAAUUUAAUCUUCAUUUUUAAAAAAUAUAAUAUUGUGUAUAGAGGAACAAAAUUAUUAAU